AUGUCUUACACAAAUUAUGGUGCUCCAGGAGUCCCCGCUCCACCAGGAACGAUCUAUAGCGCACCUGCUACCACAUCCACAACCUACAGCAGCGGUAGUGCGCCUCCGCCAUCGUCAUCUUAUGGAAAUGGUAGCUCCUCAUAUAAAAACUCAUCAAAUUAUGGCUCAUCUUAUACUUCGUCCUCACGUUAUGGUAAUGACCGUGGAGUAGAUCGUUCUUAUGAUGACCGCAGUCGAAGAGAUCGAAAGGAAUAUGAUUCUCGUGGUAGUUCGCAUUAUAGAGAACGCAGCCCUGGAUAUGAUAAAUAUGGGAGUAGUGGUGAGCGUUAUGCCAGUUCUAGUUAUAGACCUAGUGGUAAUUCAACGCACCAAAAUGAUCGUAUGUCAAAUCUUGGAUCAGGUUUGACAAAACAGGAUUGGGAUUUCUCGAAACUUCCAAAGUUUGAAAAGAACUUCUAUCGCGAACAUAUCAAUGUCAUCUCACGCUCUCAAGCAGAAGUAGACGAAUACCGAAAAAAACACGAAAUGAAAGUCUUUGGCCUUGAUAUCCCAAAACCAGUAGAAACAUUUGAAGAAGCCAAUUUUCCAGCCUACGUCUUAAACGAAAUUCUCGACCUAGGUUUUACCGCUCCAACACCAAUCCAAUCACAGGGGUGGCCAAUGGCACUUUCUGGUCGUGAUGUAGUGGGUAUUGCUGAAACUGGAUCUGGGAAGACCUUGGCUUACUGCUUGCCUGCUAUUGUCCAUAUAAAUGCGCAACCCUUUCUUCAACCCGGUGAUGGACCUAUUGUUCUUAUUCUUGCGCCAACACGUGAAUUAGCUGUGCAAAUCCAACAAGAAUGCACGAAAUUCGGCAGAUCAUCGAAGAUCAAAAAUACCUGCGUUUAUGGUGGUGUUCCUAAAGGUCCUCAAGCGCGUGAACUUUCUCAUGGCGUCGAGAUUUGUAUUGCUACACCUGGCCGAUUAAUCGAUAUGUUAGAAUCAAGACGAACCAAUCUUCGUAGGGUGACAUAUCUUGUGUUGGAUGAAGCUGAUCGUAUGCUGGAUAUGGGAUUUGAACCACAAAUUCGAAAGAUCGUUGAGCAAAUCAGACCUGAUAGACAAACCCUUAUGUGGAGUGCUACUUGGCCGAAAGAAGUCAAGCGCCUCGCAGAAGAUUAUCUUCAUGAUUUCAUUCAAGUAAAUAUCGGUUCUUUAGAUUUGUCGGCAAGUCAUAACAUUGCUCAAACUGUUGAGAUUUGUACCGAGCAUGAAAAACGAAAUAAGUUAGUCAAACACCUCGAACGUAUUAUGGAUCAAAAAGAUAAUAAAACACUAAUUUUUACUGGCACCAAACGUACAGCAGAUGAGAUUACAAAAUAUUUACGUCAAGAUGGUUGGCCAGCGCUUGCAAUUCACGGUGACAAAGCGCAAACUGAGCGUGAUUGGGUUUUAAGCGAAUUUAGAAGUGGUAAAUCACCGAUAAUGGUUGCUACUGACGUUGCUUCUCGAGGAAUCGUACUCAGCAAUGUGGCCGGCAUAUGUGAUUUGACUGAUUUGCUCACAAACAUUUUUUGGACUCCAGAUGUUAAGGAUGUUAAGCUCGUCAUUAAUUAUGACUUCCCGACUAAUGUUGAGGAUUAUGUUCAUCGUAUUGGGAGAACAGGGCGUGGUGGUGCCAAAGGCGCUGCUAUAACGUUUUUCACAAUGGAAAAUGCUAAACAGGCUAAAGAUUUAGUGAACAUAUUACGUGAAGCCAAUCAGGAGGUUGAUCCAAAACUUUUAGAGUUUAUGAAGAUCGCUUCUGCGAGUACUACUGCAGGUCGCUCAAGAUAUAAUAAUGGUGGUGGUGGCGGCGGUGGACGCGGAUAUAAUUCUGGAGUUAGUAGUCGUUCUCGGUG